CUACGAGCGUCGCCCAAGACGAUGGCUCCGUUUGGUGUCAAGGACCCUUCCGCCCGUGUUAUCCCUCUUGGUGAUGUACAUUUACUACAUCUACGCCGCUCAUGUCUGUGUUGGUUACCUCCUGAAGAUCAAACGCGACAUCCUUCGAGCCAGCAUAUACCUCGCUGCGUUUACAACAUUCAUUUUGCUGUUCUUUGUAUCCUAUGCCUUGAGUAUCUAUUGUGGACCUGGCUCACCUUCUAAUCCUCCAGUACGAGUGCCAUCACAACCUAUCCCUUUAUUGACGACUCCGUAUCAAGCCAUUCCAGACCCAGACCCAUCUUCCCUGCCAUCGAGUGGACAUGCUUCAGCGAUGCCUAGGUCAAGGUCUGCCUCGAGCAGCACUGGUUCAGGCCAGAGUCGACAGCACGCAAGUUCGCAGGCGGCAUCAGUUGUCAUUAUGCCCAAGUAUCCCACAGCGCCUGUUGCUCCAAUCGCACAGGGUCCAGUCAUGUACUUGUCCCCGUCAACAGGCGAUCUUGUUGGACAUGGAGACAUCCAUGGUGUCAUUACCAUCCCCUCUAGAAGUGCAACCCAAGGGAAUAUCGAUAACAGCUCAAGCAGAGCUGGCCCUACAAGCGACCGGGGCAGAGUCAGUAUCGACAUUUCUGACCUAGCUCUGGAAUCUUGUCAGGCAUCGAAUGGGGAUGAUACAUCACGACCGAUUGCUACCCUUAGCGUUUCGAAACGAAAUGGUCGUCCUCGGUGGUGCAGCGUUUGCAGAAUUGUCAAGCCAGACCGUUGCCACCACUGCUCUGAAUGCAACAGCUGUGUGCUCCGGAUGGACCACCAUUGUCCGUGGAUAAACGGAUGCAUUGGGUUCGGCAACUACAAGUACUUCUAUCUGUUCAUCUUUUAUGGCUCCGUUUCCUCUAUUUGGGUCAUCGCCUCAAUGGUUCCUCUAUUAGUCCAA